CCGCCAGCCGCCCGUCUUUGUACGGAGACCACUGGGCCGAGCGCGAGCGCGGAGCGGGAGCCUCGCUGCUGCCCUGACUUUUUAAGAACCUCAAUGAACUACUUGUGAGGAGUCGCUGGUCGUGCCGGUGAGCUCUUCCCACGGCCAAGACAGCGACCCGUGUUGCGUGGAGAUCACAUUUUAUAUGCGAUCUUGACUUUUUUUUUUUGGUCUGACAUUAUAUUUUUAUAGAUUUUUGUUAUAAACAUGGUGCUGGGAAAGGUGAAGAGUUUGACCAUAAGCUUUGACUGUCUUCAUGACAGCAACGUCCCCGUGUAUUCCAGUGGGGAUACCGUCUCAGGAAGGGUGAAUUUAGAAGUUACGGGGGAAAUCAGAGUGAAAUCUCUUAAAAUUCAUGCGAGAGGACAUGCGAAAGUACGCUGGACCGAAUCUAGAAACGCCGGCUCCAAUACUGCCUAUACACAGAAUUACACUGAAGAAGUAGAAUAUUUCAACCAUAAAGACAUCUUAAUUGGACACGAAAGAGAUGACGACAACUCCGAGGACGGCUUCCACACCAUCCCUUCGGGGCGGCAUGAAUACGCGUUCAGCUUCGAGCUUCCACAGACACCACUUGCUACCUCAUUCGAAGGCCGACAUGGCAGUGUGCGCUAUUGGGUGAAAGCCGAAUUGCACAGGCCUUGGCUUCUACCAGUAAAAUUAAAGAAGGAAUUUACAGUCUUUGAGCAUAUAGAUAUCAACACUCCUUCAUUACUGUCACCCCAAGCAGGCACAAAAGAAAAGACUCUUUGUUGCUGGUUCUGUACCUCAGGCCCAAUAUCCUUAAGUGCCAAAAUCGAAAGGAAGGGCUAUACCCCAGGUGAAUCAAUUCAGAUAUUUGCUGAGGUUGAGAACUGCUCUUCCCGAAUGGUGGUGCCAAAGGCAGCCAUUUACCAAACACAGGCCUUCUAUGCCAAAGGGAAAAUGAAGGAAGUAAAGCAGCUUGUGGCUAACUUGCGUGGGGAAUCCUUAUCAUCUGGAAAGACAGAGACAUGGAAUGGCAAGUUGCUGAAAAUUCCACCCGUUUCUCCAUCUAUCCUCGACUGUAGUAUAAUCCGUGUAGAAUAUUCACUAAUGGUAUAUGUGGAUAUUCCUGGAGCUAUGGAUUUAUUUCUUAAUUUGCCUCUUGUCAUCGGUACCAUUCCUCUACAUCCAUUUGGUAGCAGAACCUCAAGUGUAAGCAGUCAGUGUAGCAUGAAUAUGAACUGGCUUGGAUUAUCCCUACCUGAAAGACCUGAAGCACCACCCAGCUAUGCAGAAGUGGUCACAGAGGAACAAAGGCGGAACAAUCUUGCUCCAGUGAAUGCCUGUGAUGACUUUGAGAGAGCAUUUCAAGGACCACUGUUCGCAUAUAUCCAGGAGUUUCGAUUCUUGCCUCCACCUCUUUAUUCAGAGAUUGAUCCAAAUCCUGAUCAGUCAGCAGAUGAUAGACCAUCCUGCCCCUCGCGUUGAAGGAACAUGUGGUUAAAUCAAGUUGAUGUGAAUUCCAAACUGUAUCUCUUCCCAGCUGAGGACAGAGAAGUAUCUUGGAGACACGUUCUCAGAGGAAGUGGAGUUGCUUUUGCCCAGAAAAAUGGCAAAUACGUGAAACAACCAGUGAUCAUGCUUUAGAAGCCUAUAGCAACAUUCUGGGACUGCUCCAACAUGCUUGAAGAUCUAAGCUUUUCUUCUUUAAAACUGGCACAUACCAAGAGCAGUCGUCUUAGCCUAUGGUCAUACGUGUCAAGACAACACGUUAUAAAGAGGGAUGAUUUCCUUCUUUUGAUUUGAAAAUUUGCACAUGCUCAAUGCUUACAUUGUGCAGUUCAAUGUCACUACAGCUUUUUUUUUUCCAUUAAUGCCAGACUCUCGAUAUUCAUAUAAAACUUGUUUGUGAUCAGCACAACAAGGAACAAAAGAAAGCUUUGAAAAAAACUUUAAGAUGAAAAAAACGCACUGACAUUUUUUUUUUUAUUUAAUAUAGCCUGGACUUUACCUGCGUAUGCACAUGCUCAGAAUUGUCCUACUAGGCUGACCAUGUAUCACCUCUUCAGCUUGGAUCCUAUUGUGGAUUUAUUUACAAACAUCAAAUGCCUUCAAGCCAAUCCUUCUUGCUGUAUGUUUUGCAGCCUACUGUAGUAGAUAUGCAACAGAUAUGUGGGAAAAGAGAUAAGAGGAGGAAGCUAAUAAGAGACUUGGUCAAGAUUGUAUACCUUCUUGGUUUCUUUUAAGAAUUUGUUGCCUUUCUACUAUUACAGCAAAGCAGCAUUUUGUUACUGACUGCCUAAAAUCACUUAAUCUCAGGUGAACGCAUCACUUGCCAAACUGUUGGAAUGCUAUUUUGUGUUUUGUUGCACUGUUACUUUUUCGUUUGUUUGGUUGGCUUUUUGGAGAGGGGAUUUGGAAAAGGGACAUACACAAAAGUGAUAACCCACCCGCAUUUUCUUUUUAUCAUUACAUAUAAGAAGAAACUAGAAGAGCUAAGAAUGGGAUAAAGAAAGGCAGUAUGGCAGGCACCAGCAAAGAGUUAAGGGCUGUUGCUCUUAAAAAUUACUGUUAUUUUUUUGUUUUAAAAAAGUAUGAAAGUUUUCCAGUCACAGGAGGAGGAGAAAAUACACUUAUUUUUAUAUACAGUUACUUAAUUACCUCCAAACACAUAUGUUGGAAAUCAUUUUUGCUGGUGCAGAGUAUUUUAAUGAGCAGGAAGGAAUAUCAGGUUAUGAUUAGAGAGCUCAGUUUAUACAUUUUUUAAUCCUGCUCAAGAUCUACAAAACUUGAAAACCUGUUCUAAAAGUGAUAUACCUUCAAAAUUAUAAAUACUAGAAUAUAUGCUGGAAUAAUAAAUGUUCUAUAUUUUUGUGUUUUUUUUUUAAUGGAAAUCUUUUUUUUCAUUACCUAAAGAACAUUUUGCUAAACAUGAAAAAUCACUGACUUUGAGUAUAUGUAGAUAAGAUAGGGAAAUUAUUACAUCAGUAAAUUAUAGUUUAUAUUAAAGAUUAUUUACAGUUGGCUCAUAACAAAUAUACCAGCAUUCAUGGUGAUACUUAAAACAGCAUUUUCUGAGUAUACUCAGAAAAUUGUCUGACUUUAGAAGGAAUUCAGCUCUGGUGUUUUUAGUGAAAAUCAGCAUCUCUGAUGUUACAACAUAUGUGUGAAAUGGGUGUUACAUCUAUCCUGCCAUUUAACCCCACAGUUAAGGUGACUGAAAAUAAUAGUAACUCUGGCUUGGUGCUUGACCUGGUUAAUACUGUCUUAAAGCUUCAUACAAAACAAAUAGGCUUUUCCAUAAGUGGCCUUUAAGAAAACAUGGAAGACAAUUCAUGUUUGAAAAGCUGACAGGGUGAAGAAAGCCCAAUGUAAAAAUGAAUCGCGUUUUAAGUGAUUCGGUUAAAGGGUUUGGGCUCCCGUAGCAAACUAAUACUAGAUAAUAAGGAAAUGGGGGUGAAAUAUUUUUUUAUUAUUGUUAAAUCAUUUUGUGAAUGUCCCCCUCAAAAAAAGCUAAUGGAAUAUCUGGCAUAAAGGGCAUUUGGUGGUUUUAUUUUUGUUUGGGGAGGGGGGUUGUCAGAAAAUCCCUUUUCUUUUUUAUGUCUAACUUCUAGGGAACAAUUGUUGAUAUGCAUAGUAUUGGAAUACUUAUCACCAUAUACUCAUAAAUAACACAUGAAAGCAAGAAUGACCAAUAUUCUGGCAAUUGGCACUAGGUCACGAAAUAAAAUGUGAUAAAAUCCUAAUUAUAUAAAACUUUAUAAAAUAAAGUUUUGUUUUCCCCAUUAAAGUAUUUCUUUUUUAUUUAGAGGCAUUACUUUACUCUUUCCUAAAUAUUGGUCAAUUUCUGACAUAAGAUGUGAGGUUCACAUUUGUAUUCCAGUAUUCAAGAUAGAUUCCUGAUUUUUCAAUUAGGAAAAGAAAAAUCCAAAAUGUUAGCAAAACAAAGUGCAAUAUUAAAUGUUUGCUUUAUAGAUUAUACUCUAUGGCUGUUUGUAAUUUUUUUUCCUUUUUUAUUUGGUGCUGAAUAUGUCCUUGUAGGCUCUGUUUUAAGAAAACAAUAUGUGGGAAAUGAUUUGAUUUUUCCUAUUGCUCUUCCUUGUGGAAAAUAAAGUGUUUUGUUUUUUUUUCUUUUUUGUAAAA